UGAGGAUAGGGGCCGAAUACAUAACGGAUACCGUCCUCACAUUUUGUUGAAAAAUAUAUAUUUUGGUUUCCAUUGUAAACGUUGUUUUGGAUUUUUAACUGAGGGAUAUAAUAAGAUAUUGUAAAAAUGACAAUCAGAAACAACGAUGAUCACGGUCAACGUUAUCGUCCACGGAUGGCCUGUUUAAAGAAGCUGGAGGCUGUAGUUGUGGAGAUGCAGGACCCAAAAAAUGGAGUGAAGUCCCAGACCCAAAGGCUGGUCAUAACCACUAUCCCACACGCUAUCACUGGAGAGGACAUAGUGGCAUGGCUUGCCAGUCGCUUUAGAGUGGAUACUGACGAGGGCCGGGCCAUUGGUACCAUGCUGGUGGCAUACGGAUACAUAUACCCUCUUCAAGACCACAAGAGACUGGUUAUCAAGCCUGAUGCUAGUCUGUAUCGAUUCCAGACGCCGUACUUCUGGCCUGCACAGCAAUGGCCAGCUGACGAUACAGACUAUGCAAUCUAUUUGGCAAAGAGGAACAUUCGCAAGAAGGGGAUGCUGGAGCUGUAUGAACAGGAACACUACAACUCCCUUCACAAAUGGAUGAACCACAAAUGGGAUUUUAUUGUGAUGCAGGCCAAGGAGCAAUACCGGGCUGGGAAGGAGAGGAAGAAGCCAGACCGUGUGGUGUUUGACUGCCAGGAAAGAGCCUAUUGGGUGGUGCACAGACCUCCACCAGGAACCGUAAGCGCCAUGGACUAUGGACUUGACCGUCUCAUCGACCCCAACGCCCCGGAGGUAAUAGAGAAAAAAUCAGUAGACUACUACAGAAGACUGAACAUUUUCACUCAGCAGUCCAUUAUGAGGUCAAGAGUGAAGUCGUCUGUGUCCAUCGGAGUCAUUGUCAAGUACAUGACGACAUUCAAAAACCACGACCCCUUCCUUGCGCCAUGUCUCCCCAGCAACCCCUGGUUAACUGAUGAUGUCACUUACUGGGACCUCAAUAUGCCAAAUGUGGAAAUCACUACGAAGAUGAGGGUGGAGCGCUGGACCUUUAGCUUCAGCGAGCUCCUCCAUGACCCCCGAGGGCGGGCGGAUUUCCGACUCUUCUUGAAGAAGGAGUUCAGCGGUGAAAACUUGGCCUUCUGGGAGAACUGUGAGGACCUGAAGUGGGGUGCUGCAGCAACAAUGAAGGAAAAAGCCCAGCAGAUUUACAAGACCUUCCUAGCCCCUGGAGCACCACGUUGGAUUAACAUUGAUGGCAAGACUAUGGAUAUCACUGUGAAAGGCCUGGUCCACCCCCAUCGCUACGUUCUAGAUGCCGCUCAGACCCACAUCUAUAUGCUCAUGAAAAAGGAUUCAUUCGGAAGGUACAUGAAGUCUCCUGUAUUUAAAGAAACACAGAAAAAGGCUAUUUCCCCUGAGGAACAUAAAUUCAGUGCCUCACAGCUGGAGCAGAAUGCGAAGAACCGCACUAAGAAGACCAGCCUCAGCCCUAUCAUAAUAAGGCAGCAAGAGGAGGAGGCAAAGGCCAGGCUAGCUGCUAGCGGGCCUGUGGACAUCACGCAGCUGUGUAAGUUUACUGCUCCCGUGCCACACCUGGCAGUAUACACAGGAAUCUGUGAGACUCAGCAGACGAAUGCCAGGGAGCUCCUUCCACCCUCCCCGGGAUUCGUCACGUUGCCCAACAGCGCCGCCUGCCCCUCUCCCAUCAGCGUGGCCAUCGACAGCACGCCCGCCUCCGAGAGGAAGUUCGAGGGCCAUGGAGGGUCCACCUCCGCUCCGUUCCCCUCCAUCGCCGAGAGCGCGGAGGUGUCAGUGGAGUCCGACACCAGCGUGGCGAGGGGGGCCACCGAGGAGUCCCGGCUGCCUGUCCCCAGGUCCCGCGUGGCGCUGUCUCUCAGCCGGUUCCUGAGGAGGGGCUGCAGCACCUCAUCGGUGUUCGCCAGCCUCUCGCCCAAGUGCCCCCCUGCUGUGGGCGGCCGCGUCCAGCCCCUCGGCCACGAGCCCCUUUCUCACCCUCAGCCAAAGAGGAUCGCCAACUUUUUUCAGAUCAAAGUAGACAUCCCCCCUGAGUGCCGGAUCUACCCCAUUGAUUCAGAAGACGAGGAGGAAGAGUGUCCCAAUGCGGCCAAGGAGAUUAUCUGUCCCUGGGAGACAGUCACCAAGCAAGGACAGGCAGGAUGAUCCCUUAAACAGCCAGCAGGGGGCACUGGAGGGAAAGAGUGAGCUGUGAGUGGACACGUGCUCCUUAAGGCCAUCGCCUAUUAAAUCUGACAGAUAUGAUUUUCAGCUCAUACAAAUGUCAAUCAUAUCUCAGAAAACAAGGCAACUUAGUAAGGGUGUCCCGCAGGUUAAGUGGAAUUCAUACGGUUCUUUCUCUUCAUGUUUUAUACUCGACUAACAGUAAUGCCUCAGUUACCAUUAGUUGCCUGUUUCUUAUUACAAGUUUACA